ACCAAUCAACUUUUAUUCAAAUCCAAAGUUUCAAAAAAUGCAAACUAUUUAUUUAAUAAAUUUGAUUGAUCCCCUCCCCACCUUACCUUUUCUUUUUUAAUUAUUCAUUCAAAAAGAUACACCACGCGCCAUAAAACACACUACACAACAAACAGCUCUCUAUCUCUGUCUCCUUUCUAUACUUCCCUGCUUCACUUUCAAACGCGCCACCGCACGUCGCCGCCGUACACCGGACAAAACAACACACAUUUUAUUACAACUCUCAGAUUGAUUGAUGAUGAAGUUGAAGGGAAGAACAAUAGAUCCCAAUGCGCCACUCGAUUACGUUAAACUACAAAUUUUUCCAAGCAAGAACAGGUAUGAGACAUUUGUGUGUAGUCGCAAUAAGACUGAGAAAGUAGCAUCUGGGACGUUGAAACAGCUAUUGUUGCAUUCACCUCGUGUAAAAGAUUUGUCCUCGAAAGGGUUAAAUAUAAAUUUCAAAAUUUUACCGCCUGGCAAUGUCAAGGAUGCUGGGUGGUUUACAGUGGCAACAUUGACAAGAUUUCUACGCAUUAUUGGUUCGCCAGACAUUUUUAGUAUUGGAAAUGAAAUUGCUCAACUAGAGGAGACCAGAAAAUUCCAAAUUUCAUUGUCUAUGAACGCUGGAAUUGAUAUUACAUCAUCGGUUGACUCCAAGAAUGAACUACUAAGAGCAGUUGAUUUAAGGCUCACAGCAUUGAAAGACGAAUUAGUUUCUGCCUUUGACAAGGUUACUGGUCAAAUCUGUUCAACUAAGGACAUCUUGGAUUUGGAAAAUUUCGCUCAUCAUGUUGGAGCCAAAGAUAUAAGGGAUUCAUUUCAGAAAUUUGUAGAAAUGGCCCUUUUCCCCACAGUUCAAGACUUGAGGAAUGAUGCUUUCAAUAAGACUGAAAGAAAUGCCCCUGCUCCUCACCUUUCGCUGUCAGACCCAUCCAUAACGUAUUGCGUCUCUCCAACGCAAGCUGCUCAACUAGAACAAAGUUCAACUGACAAUCAUUCUUGUAUUUCAAGUGAGGAGGACCAACCAUCUAUUGAGAGAAGUCGUACUCGUAUCAGAUCUGCAACACCAAGACGAUCAGCAUCUCCUAUGAGGCGAAUACAAAUUGGGCGAUCAGGAUCACACAGGGCAACUGCACUAACUAUUAAGAGCCUCAACUAUUUUCCUGCUAGGGAAAAGGUAUUGUUUCCGAGAGAUCUAGAUGGCAACAGUAGUGAUGAGGAAGAGGAGGACCCAGAAAAACCUGCAAAGAAAAAUGUACUAAGGAUGAGUGUACGAGAUAAAAUCAGUCUAUUUGAAAGCAAACAGAGAGACCAAACGGUAGACGUUUUGAAGACAAAGAAAUUGUUAAAUGGAAUUGCUGGUUCGAAAAAAGCUGUACUGAGAAGAUGGAGUUCAGGAAUGGGUGACAAUGUUACCCAAAAUCCCAACACUACUACCGAGACUUCGCCUAUCAUUCCCAAAAAUGAACCAGCAGAAGCAGAGUCUGAUAUAUUUAUUUAUGAAAGUCAAGUUUCGGCUGAGUUAGAGAAUAUUAAACCAGACUCACCUGAAACAGAAACAGCUGAAGAAAACUGUGAAAAGCAUCCUUCAUCCAUUGAAUGGAAUCAACAGAAGGAAUCAGAACUGGAUGAUUUAUUCAUACAAAUGAUGGAAAACAAAAAUAAGCCAGUUCGACAUCGAAAUCCCACCAGUGAUAUUACCAAAAGUAAGAUAUCUUUGGUGCCAAGAGAGGAAAGAGCUGAAAUUGUUGAUGAUUAUAAACAAAUGGGGGGUGAAAAGCGAAGAGGGAAAGCACCCCAACUUAAAGUAACUCACCAAAUCUUUAAUGAGAAAAAAUUUGAGAUAAAUUCCAAUAAUGUCAAUAAACUCCAGAAAGAGAAGGUUCGCAAAAACUCAACCCCGUUAAUGAGUUCCAGAAAGGAAGCCUCAAAGCCUUCUCUUAUGAAGAAGAUUCCAUCUUCUUUGUCUGCUACACGCAAGUCAUGCCCAUCAACACCCUCACCAAGACCCACAGGUGCAUCACCUACUAGAACCACACCACCAAGCAAAAACCCUCAGUCUGCAUCAUCAACUGAUCUGUUAACCACAAAAAGUGAGAUAACUCAAUCACGAUUCAAGACUACAAAGUCAACACCACCAGAUACCAAUAGAAAACUUAAAACUGAUAAUGAGAAGAAACAGGCAACAGUGACAAAAGCCAAGAAGCCAACUAAACCUAAUCUCCAGAUUCCUGAAGCUAAACUGAGAUUAUAUAACGAAGUUACCAAAAAAAGUGGUGUGGUUGCAUUAGAAACUAAGCCGUUUCUUCGAAAGGGCUCUGGGAUCAGGUCUGGUGCCAGUCCGGGUAUUAACAAGACAAAAGUUGUGGAUCAGCCUGAGGAAACAUCUAGGAGCGCUGGAACUCUAAUUCAAGCUGAGGAGAAUGAGGUAGCCAUGACUACUGAAAUAGAAGUAAAUCAGAAGGAAUGUGAACCUCAGGUGGUUAGCCCCACCAAAUGCGAAGAAUCAAUGAGUCCUAAUCAAUCUAGUGUUACAGUUGAGGACGUGCUUAAAAAGGUACCAUCACCAGACAUUAAAAAUGAUGAUGAAGUAGAAUUGAUGAUUUCUCCAAAUGCAUGGGUUGAAGUAGAAGAUGAUCAUCAAGAAGAGAUCAUUCCGUGCAUGGAAUGUGAAAGCCCAGUGAAAAUUGUGUCUCCAGUGAAAGUUGUUGAGCCGUGUGGACCUUCAAGUCCACAGGUACGUCACUCUUUAUCUCAAAUGCUUUCUGUGGAGAGCAGUGAAGAAGCUAGUAUUGGUGAGUGGGGAAAUGCCGAGCACCCACCUGCUUUGGUCUACCAAAAAGACUCACCAAAAGGGUUCAAACGGCUCUUGAAAUUUGCUCGAAAAACUAAACCUAAGUCCCAUACGGCUAGUUGGUCUAGCCCGUCAGCACUUUCUGAAGGAGAUGAUGAAUCUGAAGAGUCUAAAGGUCAAUCAAAUGUUGGCAGAUUUACAUCCCACAAUCACCCAAAGGUAUCGGAAGGCCUUGUCUCUGCAUCCAUGAGUACAACAAAAGCAACAAAAUCAUUCUUCUCCAUUCCAGUAUUUAGGGGAAGCAAGCUCCCUUAACACCAAAGAGCCUUAAUGAUCAUAAAGGACCGAGCUGUAAAAUAUACACAUGACCUGCUGCGAUACUUUGGGUGAAAUUUAGCUAAUAGGCCAGUUCAGAUUGUUAUUCCUUCCAUUUGUAUUGGAACAACUUCUCUUCGAUGUUAUAAGUUACAUGUAAAUUGUGCUCAUAUAUGCUACAAGUAAGAAUCCUUACUUGAAUGUGUACAUUAGAGAGUUAGUCGACUGAAUGAGGAUGGAUUACGAGCCUAGCCUGCAUUUUGUAUACUACAUACAGUUCUUGACUCAUUUUUUGUAUGAUUGCUAUUGUAUUAUUGUUUUAAGCCAUGAAAACAGUCGUUCAGUAGGAAUCGAUGACAUAGGUGUAUAUUUCAUUGUUUGGCAUAAACCAUAAUACCAUAUGACAUGUAUGUAUGUUAA